UACUGUAGAGUACUACCUAUACUAGCCUAUCAACAGCUCUCGCCGCUCUUAACCCCACCUUACCGUACUCUGCAGCACCCUACAGUAGUUAAUGUCCUCGCCGGAGCUCACCUCGCCGACCUGUCUCUCACUGCACCUACUCCCAUACCCCACCUCACCAUCACCGUGUCCCCCAUCACCACCAUCCUCCCCAUCCCCCUCAUCCCCCGCCAUCCCCACCCCCCCCAUCCUCAUCGCAAGCAGCAAUGACCCGCCUCCAAUCCAAAAACUGCAUCAUCACGGGCGCGGCAGGCGGAAUCGGCCUGGAGACAUCGAUCCUGUUCGUACAGAACGGCGCGAACAUUGUCAUGGCCGACGUGAACAAGGAGCAGCUUGACAAGGCCGUCGCCACGGUGGGGAAGUUUAACACCGCUGGGGCGAAGGUCGUGGGUUACGUCUGCGAUGUUUCCAAAGAGGACCAGGUCAAGGCCAUGGUCGAGUCUGUCGACGAGUGGGGCGGUCUGGACGUCAUCUUCAACAAUGCCGGGAUUAUGCACGCACAGGACGACGACGCCAUCAACACGCCCGAGGCGAUCUGGGAUCUCACGCACAACAUCAACGUGAAGGGGGUGUGGUUCGGGUGCAAGCACGCGGUUUUGUCCUUCCGACGGCACAGCAAGCGUAAAGCAUCAGUGAUCAACACGGCCUCCGUCGUCGCACUCGUCGGGUCCGCAACCCCGCAGCUGGCGUACACCGCGUCGAAAGGCGCAGUCCUAGCACUGACGCGGGAGCUGGCGAUCGUGCACGCGCGCGAGGGGUUCCGAUUCAACAACCUGUGUCCGGCGCCGCUGAACACGCCGCUGCUUCAGGACUGGCUCGGUGACGAUGCCGCGAAGAGGCAGCGCCGCGAGGUCCAUUUCCCCACGGGAAGGUUUGGUGAGGCCAUUGAGCAGGCGCAUAUGGUCGUCUUCUUGGCGAGUGAUGAUGCGAGCUUUGUUACUGGACAGGAAUUAGUCGUGGAUGGUGGGAUGAGCAAGGCAUAUGUCACCCCCGAAGGCCCGCCAACUGCUGCACCGAAGAACAAUGCAUUGAUUCAGAACCCCCACGGCCCGUAGACGAGUACCCGCUGAAUGGCCUCCGUAUACAAAAAUAGCUUAGGACUGGUAGCAGGUGUUGAAUCGAGCGUAUAUGUUUUUUGUACCUUACUUGAAAGUCACUCCUGGUGUGAACAAAUGGGACCACUUGAUA